UUUUCAAACGUAACCAUGGAAACCCCACUGCGAACUCGUGUAUUGCUAUUUUGACUUCAGCUAAAAAGGAAAAACGCUUUUAAAAAGAAGAAACGUUACAUUGUGUUUCUGUUUUUAUUUUUAUAUAUCUUCUUAAUCUCAAGGUGUCAGAUGUCUCUACACAAAACUAUUACAUUACCUCCUUUAAUCCAAACAGAAGAACAAGGAUCCUUCACUGGCAGAGUUCAGCAAAAUACCUCAGAACUAAAAGUGCAGACAUCUGAGGAAACUCAUGAGAGUGCUGCAGAUUUUUAUGUGGAAAGACAAUCCACUACACAGUUCUGUUGGUCUGGAUGCAGUUACUUGUACGCAGGUCCAGGCAGAAAGCCUGAGCUUCUGAGGCAGCUGGAGCGCCAUGUGAACGUGGAACUGUGUGCUAUCAGCGCACAAGAGCCCAAGUUUGAGGAACUAAAGCUGCAGGUUUAUCGCAAUGUUUUUGAUCAGUUCAUCAGUGCAUUCACAACCUACCAGCCACUUCUGUGCACCAUCAAAAAGGAAUAUGAUAACAUAAUCGCUGGUCAACAGGAAGAAAUCCAAAAACUGGCUCCCCUGCGGUCCCAGCUGAGGCUUGUGAAAGAAGAAUGCGAGAGGAAGAUUCGAGCACAAUGGAGAGAGCAACAUAAUGAGAUUGAAAUGUUGAAAAGAGAGAAGCAGCAGCUGCAGGAGGAUGUCCAAUCCAUGAAGGAGACAGAAAAGAACAUGCAGACAGUGGUGGACCAUCUGCAGUCAGAGCUCUCCCAACAGUAUCUGCAGUACCGUGAGGAGCAUGACGCUCGCCAGCUGCUGAUCCGACAGCUCAAUGACCUAACCGGAGCUUCUGUGACGAACACGCGUCCUGCAGUUCAAAACACAGAUUUUCAGGGGUUGGAGCUGGAACUCGAGGCAUGUCGUGAGGAGCUCACCAGGAUCAAAGCAGAGUAUCGGGAUGCAGUUCCACAACACGACUGGGAUGCCCUGCAACAAACCCACCAGCGGACUGUUCUGCAGCUAAAGACUCUGCAGGGUGACUUCAAGUUGAUAAAGAGUGAAUACGAUACCCUGCUGGAACUCCAUAAAAGUGGCAACUUGCAGCCCAAGAACCAGGUGUCAACCUCUGUGCAGACGGAGGUUCAUGUGGAUGAAGAACAGGAAACCAAACCAGAACAGCUCAAUAAGCUGAUCAACCUCCAUGACCACAAGGAGUAGCAGGCUCAUGAGUUCAAAUUACAUCAAUAUAUUCACACAAUUUAAACACACACAGUGUGUUGCUUCAGAGGGGCGUGAAAUCUAUGCCAUGCCUUUUGUAAUUGUUUAUUAUCUUAUCUUAAUUUCUUUUUUUUUUUUUUGCUUUCGGAGUCUCUUCUUAUCCACAAGUCCUGCAUCAUACAUACACUUUUCAUUUCUAUUUAGCACAGCUCAGAAGUACUGAUUAAAAUGACUUUUUGCAAUUUGA